AGUUGGGAAACGAUUAAAUUUUUACAUAUACUUAAAGUAGAUAUUGAAGAAGCUUGGGAAGGUGAAUUUGUUCCGUAUUUACAACAAUCUGAGUGGAAAGUUGUUGACGGUUUUUAUAAUUACGUAAACGUUGGAAAAGCAGUUUAG